AUGAAAGAGUUGGGUUUACUCAACUAUUUUCUUGGUAUCUCUGUUACUUCUUCUCCUUCAGGUUACAUUUUGUCUCAGCCAAAAUAUGCUUCUGAAAUUCUUGCAAAGGCAGGCAUACAUGAUUGUAAACCAUAUUCUUCUCUCAUGGCUACUAAGGUUGUUCUUCCUGAGAUGGACUCCUCUUUUUCUCAUCCUAGUCUUUAUAGAAGCCUCGUGGGUGCUCUCCAAUAUCUUACACUUACCAGACCUGAUCUCAGCUUUACAGUUAAUUAUCUGUGUCAAUUUUUACAAAACCCUUUGAAUAGCCAUUUUUCUGCUGUUAAACGGCUCCUCAGAUAUCUCAAGGGUACCUUAAGUCAUGGCUUGCAUUUCACCUCUGGCCCUCUUGUUCUCAAUGCAUUUUCAGACUCUGAUUGGGCUGGCAGUGCUCUUGAUAGACGGUCCACCACAGGUUACUGUGUGUUUCUUGGUCCCAAUCUCAUCUCUUGGUGUGCUAAAAAGCAACCAACAGUUUCCCGAUCUUCAUCUGAGGCAGAAUAUCGUGCUUUAGCUCAGGUAUCUGCUGAGUUGAGUUGGCUUCGCAUGCUUUUUGUUGAACUUCAUGUCUCUGUGGCUGUUCCUACCUUAUGGUGUGAUAACUUGUCUGCAAUUGCCUUGGCUCACAAUCCAGUCUUCCAUGCUAGAACUAAGCAUAUUGAAGUCGAUUAUCAUUUUGUUCGUGAGAAAGUUGCUGCCAAGAAACUUGCUAUUUGUCAUAUUGCUUCAACUGACCAAAUUGCAGAUAUUCUCACAAAGCCUCUCUCAGUUUCCAGAUUUCAAUACCUUCAGGGCAAACUUCUGGUGUUUCCCACUUCUCUCAGUUUGCGGGGGCUGUUAAGCAUAAUGCUCAGGAUGAGGCUCAAGCUGACUCUGCAACAGCUGCACCAGCAGCACUAA